AUGGCUAUGGAGCGCCGCAAUCGAGCCUCUGCUGCUAAGGACAAGAGCGCGACCAAGAGACAAGAAGAUGAGCGUUUCUGGGCACCAGAUCUAGUCAGGAUCUCGCAAUGCAACUGA